UGCAAUUCGCACUACGUAUCGCAUUUCGCUGCGUUCUUCAUCGUUGCGAGAGCCAAGAUAUCCAUCGGCAGGAGUUGUGGGACGGGGUACGGUGCAACAUCGGUGUGGGUUGGAAAGACCGGUAAUGAUCCUUCCGCAGGUUCACCUACGGAAACCUUGUUACGACUUCUCCUUCCUCUAAAUGAUAAGGUUCGGACAGCUUCCCGCGGCCUGCGGCGCCGCAGUCCGGGGGCCUCACCGGAUCAUUCAAUCGGUAGGAGCGACGGGCGGUGUGUACAAAGGGCAGGGACGUAA